AUGUCAACCCAAGUCGAGUAUCCGCUGGAGGGAGGAUGUGCCUGCAAAGCAGUACGCUACCAGGUGAAGACGGCUCCUCUGAUAGUCCACUGCUGCCACUGUACCUGGUGCCAGCGUGAAACGGGCUCAGCCUUCGUCAUCAACGCCGUCAUCGAAUCCGACCGCUGCGUGCUGCUAGAGGGAAAGACGGAGACGGUCAAGACGCCAUCAGCCAGCGGGAGAGGCCAGGGGAUUGUACGCUGCAGCAGCUGUCGAGUCGCUCUCUGGAGCCAUUAUCCAGACACGGAGAAGCUGACCUCCUUCGUUCGAGUCGGAACGCUGGAUGAGCCGAACGCCCUGCCGCCAAACGUCCAUAUAUUCACUUCCACAAAGCAGAAAUGGGUCGUUAUUCCGGCGGACGUUCCCGUGCUAGAGGCCUUCUAUCGGGUGGAGGAAACCUGGAGUAAGGAGAGCCUGGAGAGGAUGGAGGCGCUGAAGUCUGCAGUCGAGAGGCACGAAGAGUCAACCACAGAGCGUGUCUAA